AUGGCUCUUGAUCGGCUGAAGCAGGCUGCGAGCCAUGUUACUGGCAUUGGUCGCGCGCCACACCCUUUGGACCCGCUCAGUGAGACUGAGAUUGAGAGCGCUGUGGCAAUCAUCCGGAAGGAGCACAGUCAUGUCGCUUUUAAUGCUAUCACCCUGUGGGAGCCGCCCAAAGCAGUCAUGCUGAAGUGGGUCAAGGAUCCUGGGCACACACCUCGCCCGAACAGAGUGGCGGAUGUUGUGUGCAUUGGCAAGGGCAGCAAGGUGUUUGAUGGUCUCGUGGAUUUGACCGAGGGCAAGAUCAUUAGGUGGGAGGAGACCCCCGAUGUUCAGCCUUUGAUUACCAUGGAAGAUCUUCAGAUCGUCGAGUCGGUUGUUCGCAAGGAUCCCAAGGUCAUUGAGCAAUGUGGGAUGAUUGGAAUCCCUCCACAGGAUAUGCACAAGGUUUACUGCGACCCUUGGACCAUUGGCUACGACGAGCGAUUUGGUUCCAAGGUGCGUCUACAGCAAGCUCUGAUGUACUACCGCCCGCACCCGGACGACAGCCAGUACACCUAUCCUCUCGACUUCACACCCAUCUACAACUCCGACACGCAAGAAAUCAUCCACAUCGAUGUUCCCCCUGUGCGACGGCUGGUAAAUAAGGCUGCUCCGAAUAACUACCACGCCGCCGCAAUUGAGAAAGAGGGUGGUUUCCGCACAGACUUGAAGCCUAUCAACAUUACACAGCCUGAGGGUGUUUCAUUUUCUUUGGAUGGAAGAGUGAUAAGCUGGCAGAAUUGGAAGCUGCACGUCGGCUUCAACUACCGCGAGGGUCUUGUCCUCUCAAACAUCACAUUCAACGACAAGGGUACCGAGCGAGAUACCUUCUGGCGGUUGUCACUUGCCGAGAUGGUAGUGCCCUACGGAAACCCCGAGCAUCCUCACCAGCGAAAACACGCUUUCGACUUGGGCGAGUAUGGCGGUGGUUACAUGACCAACUCGCUCAGCCUGGGCUGCGACUGUAAGGGCGCAAUUCACUACAUGGAUGCAGCAUUCGUGAACAAGGCCGGUGCAGCCACCACCAUCAAGAACGCUGUUUGCAUCCACGAGGAAGAUGCGGGUAUCCUCUUCAAGCACACCGACUUUCGCGACGAGAGCGUCACGGUAACCCGUGCCCGCAAACUCGUCAUCUCCCACAUCUUCACCGCGGCGAACUAUGAGUACUGCGUCUACUGGAUUCUGCAUCAGGACGGCACUAUCCAGCUCGAGAUCAAGCUCACCGGUAUCUUGAACACAUUCCCCUGCAAUGAGGGCGAAGAUUUGCACGGCUGGGGCACAGAAGUCUACCCCGGUGUCAACGCACAUAACCACCAGCAUCUUUUCUGUAUGCGUAUUGAUCCCAACGUCGACGGACCCAACAACACCGUCUUCAUGGUCGACGCGGCGCGCGGAAAAGGCGAAGUAGGCUCCGCAGAGAACAAAUACGGAAAUGCCUUCUACGCGCUCAAGACCAAGCUCGAGACGCCCGAGCAGGCAAAGACAGACUACAACGGCGCGACCUCCCGCACAUGGGAAAUGUGUAACGAGAGCAAGCUCAACCCCUAUUCGAAAAAGCCCGUCUCGUACAAGCUCGUCUCGCGCGAAGUCCCCGAAUUGCUCCCCAAGCCCGGCGGCCUCGUGUGGAAGCGCGCAGGUUUCGCACGCCACGCCGUGCACGUUACCAAAUACGACGAUGGCCAACUACACCCUGCAGGCCGUCACGUCCCUCAAACCUCGGGAGAGGUCUCCCAGGGUAUCCCGCAGUGGAUCGCGCAGGAUCCCAAGGCGAACAUCACGAACACUGACGUCGUCCUCUGGCAUACGUUCGGCAUUACGCACUUCCCCUCCCCUGAGGACUUCCCCGUCAUGCCUGCGGAGCCGAUGACGCUGUUACUCCGACCGAGGAACUUCUUCACCAGGAACCCGUGCUUGGAUGUGCCGCCGAGCUACUGCUCGGUCCCUAGUGGCAUUAGGCAGGGUGGUACGCUGGUGGACAAAUUAAGCAAAUUGGCGUUUGGGUCGGACAAGAGUGGGACGCAGGAGUGCUCACCAGCACCAGCGCCUUCCCCUACCAACUUGCGGAAAGCCUCGAAUAUCCGCGCAACGAACUUGCUCACGCUGGCUGCCCACAACAGCGAAAACGAUACCAUGCCCCGCGCGCUCCCACCCCUCGAGAACCCUACCAAACCUCAUUCCAACAUCUCCCCCCAACUCGUUGAAUCCGUCGCAGGCUUCAGCGCAGGCGUCGUCUCCUGCCUGACUGUGCACCCGCUCGACCUGCUCAAGAACCGGCUCCAACUGAACACCUCCGCGCGGUCGCGCUCUGGUGAUUCACUCCGUAUCAUACGCAGUGUCGUUCAAGAUGAGGGCGGUGUGCGGGCAUUGUAUCGCGGGCUGUGGCCGAAUCUGCUGGGGAAUAGCUUGGGCUGGGGCUUGUACUUUUUAUUUUAUGGGGAGGUGAAGGGGUUUCUGGCACGGGGGAAGGAGGACGGGAAAUUGGGCGGGAGAGAGUUCUUUGGUGCAGCAGUUGUGGCUGGCCUCCUGACAGGCGCCUGCACAAACCCCAUCUGGGUCGUAAAAACGCGCAUGCUCGAGCGCGGUGCAAACCACCCUUCCGCCUACCGCUCCAUGACCGAAGGCCUCUUACAUGUUUACAAGACACGCGGCUUGAAGGGUCUGUGGGCGGGUUUCAUACCAUCCACUCUGGGUGUCGCGCACGGCGCCGUUCAAUUCGCCAUCUACGAGAAGAUGAAAGCCCGCAAAAGUGCACAACUCACAUACGGCGAGCAUUUGAGUAACUGGGAUUACAUCUACAUGAGCGGUAGUAGCAAGUUGCUGGCCGGCGCGAUCACCUAUCCAUACCAGCCUAUCCGGGCGCGGAUGCAACGCUAUGAUGCAGCGCAACAGUACAAUGGCCUGGUGGACGUUUUGAGGAAGACCUGGAAGAACGAAGGGUUUUUGGCGUUCUAUAAGGGUGUCGUUCCGAACACGUUGCGCGUUAUACCCACGACCGUUGUCACCUUCUUGGUGUACGAAAACACGAAGUUCUUUCUGCCAAGAAUAUUUGACGAUGCGGUUAUGGCACAUGAGGAGGAUUGA